CUGUUGAGGAGACAGAAGAAGCCGUCAUAUCUUCUGGAGCUGGAAUAAUUACAGGUGUUUGUGAACCAUCUGAUGUGGGUGUUAGGAUCUUCAGCAAGAACAAUAUGCUUCUUUAACCUUUGAGCCAUCUCUCCUGCCCCAAGAUGCCUACAAAGAAUUUUGGGAAAAAAUGGACUUGUGUGACUGAAAGAAGCCUAGAUGGCAGCUCUACAGUUCAGUGCCACUCCCUCUCCACUUGGGCCUUCUGCUUGAGACCUGCGUGUGACUUUUCGUCUAUGAGCCACGCUUUUCAUAUCUACUGACUUUGAUUACAGGAAGGUCUCUGAAGAUUCGUAUCAAAUGACGUCAAUGGCCAGCUUGUUUUCUUUCACUAGUCCAGCCGUGAAGCGAUUGUUGGGCUGGAAACAAGGUGACGAGGAAGAAAAAUGGGCAGAAAAGGCAGUCGAUGCUUUAGUGAAAAAGCUGAAGAAGAAGAAGGGUGCCAUGGAGGAGUUGGAGAAAGCCUUGAGUAGCCCAGGACAGCCAAGCAAGUGUGUCACUAUCCCCAGGUCCUUGGAUGGACGCCUACAAGUUUCUCACAGAAAAGGCUUACCCCAUGUUAUAUAUUGUCGUGUUUGGCGCUGGCCAGAUUUGCAGAGUCAUCAUGAGCUAAAGCCAUUGGAUAUUUGUGAAUUUCCUUUUGGAUCUAAGCAAAAGGAAGUUUGUAUCAAUCCGUACCACUAUAAGAGAGUGGAAAGUCCAGUCUUACCUCCAGUGUUAGUGCCUCGCCACAACGAAUUCAAUCCACAGCACAGCCUUCUGGUUCAGUUUAGGAACCUGAGCCACAAUGAGCCACACAUGCCACACAACGCCACGUUUCCAGAUUCUUUCCAGCAGCCCAACAGCACCCCUUUCCCCUUGUCUCCUAACAGCCCUUACCCCCCUUCCCCCGCUAGCAGCACAUAUCCCAGCUCCCCAGCAAGCUCUGCACCAGGAAGCCCGUUUCAGCUCCCAGCUGACACACCUCCUCCUGCCUAUAUGCCUCCCGAUGAUCAGAUGGGUCAAGACAACUCCCAGCCUAUGGAUACAAGCAAUAAUAUGAUUCCUCAGAUCAUGCCCAGCAUAUCCAGCAGAGAUGUUCAGCCUGUUGCCUAUGAAGAGCCUAAACACUGGUGUUCAAUUGUCUACUAUGAACUGAACAACCGUGUUGGGGAAGCUUUUCAUGCAUCUUCUACUAGUGUGUUAGUAGAUGGAUUCACAGACCCUUCAAAUAACAAAAGUAGAUUCUGCUUGGGAUUGUUGUCAAAUGUUAAUCGUAAUUCAACUAUUGAAAACACUAGGCGGCAUAUUGGAAAAGGUGUCCAUUUGUACUAUGUUGGUGGGGAGGUGUAUGCCGAGUGCCUUAGUGACAGCAGCAUCUUCGUUCAGAGCAGGAACUGCAACUUUCACCAUGGCUUCCACCCCACCACUGUCUGUAAGAUUCCCAGCAGCUGCAGCCUCAAGAUUUUUAACAAUCAGGAGUUUGCUCAACUUUUGGCUCAGUCUGUCAACCAUGGAUUUGAGGCCGUGUAUGAGCUCACCAAGAUGUGCACCAUUCGAAUGAGUUUUGUCAAGGGCUGGGGAGCAGAGUACCAUCGGCAGGAUGUUACUAGUACUCCAUGCUGGAUUGAGAUUCACCUCCACGGUCCUCUUCAGUGGCUGGAUAAAGUCCUUACUCAGAUGGGCUCUCCUCUGAACCCCAUUUCUUCUGUUUCAUAGUGCAGAAGUAUUCUUUUCAACCUUAUUUUUAGUGGACUUGUUUUAAUUUUAGAGGAAUUUCCAGUACAGAUACUGUGAGCUGACAUGGAAAAACAGAUAUUAUGGCUUAUUUUUUCUACAUAAUUGUGACCAACACAUUUGUAUUUUGUGAUGAAUUUACAUUUGUUUGUAUUCAUGUUCAUUGUGAUUAACUUUCAAAAGUAUUGUAAACAAUUUGUAGAGUAUUUUGCCCCCAUUGAGAAGUUUGGCAUUGAUCUGAAACUGGAACAGGCUUUUGUUUAUUGUCCCAACAGUUUUUUAAUUUGUUAAUUUUUUACAGAGUAGUGCCUCACGUAAUGAAGAUUUAUCCUGUAAGAGGGCAUAUAACGUGAAAAGUACUAGACGAUACGUUUAGUAAUUUCUUUGUCCUACCACCUUGAAAAAGCAUAGUACAUUGUUUUGCAAAGACAUAUGGGGUGGGGCGUAAAGGAAACCAUUGAAUCUCGUAUUUGAAGGACACUGUGCACUCCUAAUGUGGUGUUCAGUGAAAGCAAGGUGGUGGAUUUCUAGGUGUCAUACAUUGACAUUUAGUGGAACAAGUGUUUGUCAGUGUAAUGUGACUUCGUGCUAUGUAUCAUUUGUAAAACAUUUCCUUUUUAAAAAUCUCUAUUAGAUGUCAUUUACUCAAGUUUGUCAUAAGUUUUACUUAACAGUUACAAUGUGUGCACGGCCUUAUUCAGCUGUGUUUGCUGCUUUGGGCCAAUGCUUUAAGAACUCUAAUUCUAAUGUGCAUUAAUCUUUUCAUUUUGCACUUUUAUGGGUGACAGUUUUUAGUGUAAUCUCUGGUAAAACACAGUCAGGUGACCUGGUCUUAGAUCUUCUCUUUACUUCCUUGGCACACCUUUGUAUCAACACUGCCAUUUAGAGAUUACAGUUGUAGGACAUGAUGCAUUUUCUAGCUUUUUAUUUUCAAUCUAUAGAGUUGUUAUUCUAUAGCUCCAGCUAAGAUGCCUGUUAAUUCCCUACAACUUUAUGGGUGUUUUUAAUGUUGAAAGCUCAUGUACUUAAUACCAUUGCUCCUGUACCUGACUUCUCAAGGACCUAUGCAAUAUAGCCGUCAGAGGCUCUGUGGUUGGGCUCCGAGGAUGAGGCUGCUGGUGUGCUGGUAAAUGAACCAUCAGUGGGGUUGGGAUAGCUCAUUUCAAUGUCAUGUAACAGAGAAUGUAGACUGGUCUGUCCGUGUCAGUGCUCUGCUUUUUCCUUUUAUCCUUUUAGACCUACAGUGAUGCUAGUCUCCAGAACACCAUUUUCUAAGGCAAAGGAUGUGAAUGCUCUAAGACACCCAUUUAGUUCACUGUGCCUUUGGACUUGUAACCACUUUCUAGGGAGCAUUCAUGGACAGUUAUGGCCUGAGAAUGAAGACACUACUUUGAUAAAGAAAAAAAUGACCUAAUUUUCCUGUCAAUACGAGAAGCCUGAUUUUUCUGGUGCCACUUUAUUCUGCUGCUGAAAAUGUUAUUUUGGUUUGACUUUUUACAGUGCCCUUCCUGCCUUUAUGAGGAAAACAGAGCUUUUUUGGGGGAGGGGGUAUGAUUCCUUUUGUUUUCUGUGUCAUUAUUUAUUGCCUUUUAGAGUGUAGCCAUUUGGGUGGCUUUACUCCUUCAGAGGAACUGCUUUGCUGGGCCUUCAGGAGCUUGAGCCUUCACCAUAAGUAUUCCAUAGCAUACAUUUUUAGACUUGCAGAGUGUACCAGCCACAUGAAAGGGACUGUACUUUGUAAUUAUUCUUUUAUUUAGCAGGCUCAGGACAUAGUCUUUAAGAGCAAAUUUGUAGGAAAGCGUCUGGAGUUGCAUGAUUGGUACACAUCGGUGAGCUCUGUUGAAGUUUCAGAAACAAGUGCCAUGCUUGCCCCCUUUUCAGCAGUGGGUUGUAUGUGUUUUUCCACAGUCAUCAUGUCUCAGCCCUCCCUCCGGGGUGCAGGGUUCUGUGUGAUUGGCCUUCUGUAGAUGGCAGGACUGAAGCUCUUAUCUGUUUAGAGUUUCAUGGAGAAGUCCAGCCUGUUUCUUCAAAGUUGUCAAUAUCCUAUCUGUGGUCUGUAAAUGAACAGUGCAGUCUAGCUGCUCCUGUAAUGUCUAAGGAUAUACUGUGUCUAUGGGGAGGAAAAAGUGCUUGUAAGGUGAAAGCAAACCAAAUGCAGGACUCUGGCCUGCAGAAAGCAGUACUUCUAAAGAGGCCAUUUCAGAAAAGGGUGGCUCUGACUUUGUUGUAUUUGGUAUAAAGAAUGGUUGCCACCAGACCCAAAACAGCAGCGCUGGUACAGACUCAAUGACUGUGAUGAGUAGCAUGUAGUCCAGGCUGGCAUUGAACUUGCAGAGUUGCUGAGGGUGGCCUAGAGCUCCUGAUCCUUCUGUCUCUACCUCCCAAGUGCUAGAAUGACAGACAUCUACCAUCAUACCCAGUUUCUGUGGUGUUGAGGAUCAGACUCAGGACUUCAUGCAUGCUAGGCGAGUGCUGUACCAACUGAGUGACAUCCCUAGUUCAGUGAUCACAUUUUUAGCAUGCAAAAUAUAUUAACAUAUGCCAGAUAAAAAGAUAUAUUUGCAAACAAUGAAAAUUGCCAUCAGUUUGGCGAAUUCUGCAAAUGGCAGAAUCAAAAUCUCAGUCAUGGAUUUAGCAGCAAGAUGCCGACUAGAAAAAAGCAGGACCUGAGAGGUCUAUGUGACUAGUUAUCUGCAGGGUAGCAUGGUGGCCUGAGUGUUGUUAUCAAACUAAAUUUAUGACCUGUAAACUAGUAGGGGUGCAGUUGGCCUUCCAGAAUUACUGCUUUGCUUCAGAGAAAAUUGUAACAAGAAAACAGUUUUAAAACAGCAAACAAAUAGGACAGAAUAUGAAUCUUUUUUUUUUUCUAUAAUGUUUCAUGGUUGCUGGUAUACGAAAAGUGGUCGUUGAAGGAGCUGGGUUGCUAAGGUAAGAUUGCUAGAUAAAACAUUUCAACUAGCUACACUAAUAAUGCAGAUAGAAAAUGUGCCAUUGUUUAUAAGGUUUGAAAGUUAGAUACCCUUGGGGGAUGAAAAUGACAGUUACAUUACAAUACGAAAUGUACUGUCAGAGUAAAGACUGCAGUCACCUUGCACAGCCUCCCUGAUGCCUGAGAGGACCUGUGGAAAUAUUUCCUUCCCUUGCCAGUAGCCCUUGGGAGAAGAGAGUUACAAAACAGUGAAAUCUUAGUGAUGCAGGGAAACCCCAGUCGGGGGUGUUU